CGCCGGCUGGAGCAGUUCGAAAACUAAUGAACCUCUACGACCUGACGAACAGGCCGCCAUUAUUUCGGUUAUACGUCGCAAUGAGGAGAUCGAGAUUGCUGAGCGUCAACGCGUCGGCCGGCUUGUCGAACGUGUGGAGAAAAUCAAAGAGCGCGCCGUCGAGCGCGGUCCAAAUUGUUGUCGCCUUUGCGGCGACACUUUUGGACUGUUGCGUUCUACACGCAUAAUUUGCGAAGAUUGCAAGAAGUCAGUCUGUGCCAAGUGUAGCGUCGACAUUAAUAUACGCUAUCACACCACUGAUCGUACGCGCGAAAUAUGGUUGUGUCGCAUCUGUUCUGAAACGCGUGAAAUGUGGAAGAAAUCGGGCGCGUGGUUCUUUAAAGGGCUUCCCAAUUAUGAUGCGCCCAGCAGUACUAAUUCAACGCCCACACAUCAGUCAGCUAGUGGCGCCGCCAUGUCUGAUGUGCUGCUGCCACCGCGUGGUGCACAAAGUUGUAACAGUACACCCACGCGUAAAGUGCGCGUAAAGAAGCUGACAAUACAUGUAGACGAUAGUAGUAGUUCGGAAGAGGAAGUUGAUGGCAUAGGGAAUGAUGUGGCCAUCCGUAGUGGCGGCUCUGACGUUGUUGAUGGCGCCACAGGCACAGUGCGCGCGGCAGCGUCAUCAACAAUAGCCGGCGUAACCAAUAGAAAUGCUGCCAAUACUGAUGUCUCACCGUCGGCGACGCGCAUGCAGCGCGAUGACAGCUUUCGCCUACGCACCUUCGGAUCUAUACGCAGCUUUAUUGACAGUGGUGAGCGGAAACUUUCCAACUCCUUCUUCACCAACCGCCCUCAGGCAGGCAGAUCAGAAUAUAGUCAGCCAGAAUAUGAUACCAUAUCAACUGCUUCGACUGUCACUUCGGUGAAUAACAGACGUGAGAGCAACUGUAAUUAUACGCGUCGCAGCUCAGUCUCUUCGUCAUGGUCCAUCAGCGGCGAGAGCUCGUCGGGCAACUCAGCAGCCACAAGCAGUCAAGUGCAUAGUCAUAAUCAAGUGAAUUUGCACUGUCGGGAGUUGCUUGGUUGGCUAGAGGUAGCGGCUAGCUAUCGCGAGAACUUACACAGCCUGGACUGCACAAUGGUAAGAGCGCGCGACUUGCCCGCCAUGGAUGUGGCUGGAUUGACUGAUCCGUAUUGUAAGUUGAAUAUUGUAACGCCCGAUGGCACCACUAAAUACACGCGUUGGUUGCGCACCAAAACGGUGCAUAAAACGCGCAAUCCGGAAUUUAAUGAGACACUACAAUUUGUUGGUGUCGAGCCGGAGGAGCUGGUUAGCUCGUCAUUAUAUGUAGCGAUCUUCGAUGAUGACAAGUUUGGACAUGACUACUUGGGAGGCGCUAAAAUUGCGCUGGCGGCGGUGCACACCACCAAUCAGUAUCGAAUUUCAGUGCCGCUGGGCGGUGAAGAUCAAUAUAGUAAUGAGGCUGAAAUGUCACAGGAAUGGCCACAUGGUAAAAUUCUUAUAUCACUAUGUUAUAAUACCAAGCGGCGGGCAUUGGUGGUAAAUGUGAAGCAGUGCAUCAAUUUGAUACCAAUGGACAGCAAUGGCAGCUCGGAUCCGUUUGUAAAGCUACAACUAAAACCUGAUUCACAUAAAAACAAAAAAUACAAAACCGGUGUUAAAUGGCGCACACUCAAUCCAAUAUAUCGUGAAGAGUUCUUUUUCGAAUCGAGUCCACAUGAUUUGAAUAAGCAAACUCUAUUUAUUACCGUUUGGGAUAAGGACAUUGGCAAAAGUAAUGACUUUUUGGGCAGUUUGGUAAUUGGUUACAAUAGCAAGGGUGAACGUUUGCAACAGUGGCUGGAUUGCAUAAAAUUACCGGAUCAUUUUCAUGAGAAAUGGCAUUGUUUGUCAGGUGAACAUCCUACACAUUAGGCCGAGGUUGGAAUAAAGUGAAAAGUGGUUAAAAACAAACAAAAAUUGCAUGCUAAAAAUUAAAAAUUAUCCAAAUUUGUACACCUAUUAAAGACCUGAUAAUAUACAGCAGUAAGCGUUAAAAAAUAUAUACUUACAUACAUAUGUAUGUAGGUACUCGUAUGUGGCACCUUGCCUGGCGCAUUUACAU